UUUUGCAGAAACAUUUAUAAUGUCCAACGAACAAGAAGAUUUUGGAUCACUUUUUAACAACCAAGGAGAGUUAGGAAUCAUGGACGAUUUUGCCGAGUUUGGUUUUCAAACUACAACAACACCCACAAAUUGGGCGGCUGCGGGGAAUUAUAUGUACCCAGAUCAAGUUCACUUACCGGCAAGCAUCAAUAAUCCAAACAUGCCAAUAAACGACUGGUUGGAAGAUGCUCCAAUGCCUGAUUGCUAUAAUGUUCCGUCAACAUCAACUGAUGAAAAUAAUGAUCCGUUUCCAUUUUCAAAUAUCUCAAGCCAAUCUUCUUUGAAACCAAAAACUCCUGAAAAGGCAGUAGUUGAAGUACGUCCUACUGGAAACGAGAUGUUGGAUCCUGAACCCAAAUAUCCAAAAGAAGAAAAACCGUGGUGUACCAUAUUUUACUACGAGCUGACUGUUCGACUAGGAAAAGCAUUCGAAGCCAAAGUCCCAACAAUUACAAUCGAUGGUGCAACUGGAGCAAGUGAUGAGUGCCGAAUGUCGCUUACAUCUCAACCAUCUUCGAGAAAUUCAAAAAGCUCACAAAUCCGAAACACAGUUGGAGCAGGAAUUCAAUUGGCAUAUGAAAAUGGAGAACUUUGGCUAACUGUACUGACUGACCAAAUUGUUUUUGUACAAUGCCCAUUCCUGAACCAGACAUUGAAUAAGCCACUGAAAUAUGUGUUUCGGUUGCAAAACAAAGGAGAUCAAAAAAGAAUGAAAAUAUUCGAUAAGGAGCAGUUUGAACAGGAGAAAACAUUGGCUCUCGGACCUUUAACUGAAAAAGAGGUGGCUGAUGAACGAAUGAGAAUCUUCUCCAACAUCAGAGUCUCUUUCUGUAAAGGAUUCGGAGAAACGUAUUCCCGUUUGAAAGUUGUGAAUUUACCGUGUUGGAUUGAAAUUAUCUUGCAUGAGCCAGCUGAUGAGUAUGAUACAGUUUUCCGUAUUAAUAACGAACGGCCGGAAAUAGGAUCCCGAUCAUGAUUGCUUCAAUAUUUUCACUUCAAUGAUUGGUUCUAAGCAUUCGAAUGCGUACCCGUUUGAUUAAUAUUUCCAUUUCUGUCCCAGUUUUUAAUUUUCAUUUCUUUUGGUUAAAAAAUUCCCAGUCUCUUGAAUGCUUUUCUAAAAUCUUUAAUUCAAUUAUUUAUUAGAAUCUUCUGUUUUGAGAACUUUGUAAUGUAAUUAAAUAAUUUGAUGAAAUGAUUAUGAAUGCGAAUAAAUUAUUAAAAUAAUAUUAAUAA